CACACUUGCCCCAACCAUUGUCAAGUUUGUUGGCUUCUGUAAUAUCGGAACAAGGUGGUUGUUGACUGCCAUUUGUAGAGAAACAUUUCCUCCAAUGCAGCUGUUGUCUGUGUUACCCAAUACUGAUACAGCAGGACUUGUCUCUUCACAUUCUCUCCACUCAACUUUCAAGCUAGAUAGUAACAGCUGCCUCUGGCCAUCGUUUUUGUCCUUAAUUGUGAAUUGGAAUUUUUCCAGCUAUCCAAUUCUUUGAAAAAAGUUGCAGGGUUGUUUGUUUGUUGAGAGAAUGAGGAUUUUCAUAGCCUUUGAGGGAUCUUUUGAACCAUUUGAUGUUUCAGCAGAUGAAACUGUGGAGGCUGUCAAGCUGAUGAUAAAGGAUUAUUUCCACAUUCCUCUCUCUGAAGAUGAACAAGGCAGGCGGUAUCUGGAGCUGAUGUAUGCUGGAGCAGCCCUAAAGGACAGCUGGAGUCUUGCGGAUGUUGGAAUAUCUUUUUGUUCAACUCUCAAAUGCUUUGUUAAGGAAGAAGAUAAGCCAACUCUCUAUGUGUUCAAUGCUGUGACCCAAGAGACAAUGCCAAUGAUGGAGAACAUCUCCCUUCUUAGUAAAAAAGUGUCUGAUCUGAGAACACUGGUAGCUCUGAGAUGUGGCUUUCCCGUGAGUGUCUUCUGUCUCCGGACCCCAAACGGAAUGGAGAUGUAUGACUGCAACACCCUCAGGGACUACCAAACAGACAUCGGCACAACACUUCGUUUGGACGUCUGGGAUGGAUGGAAGGAAUUUCUGAUGGGUUGUCUUCUGGGACAAAAACUUAAAGUCCAACGCUAUUUAUCAAAUGAAGGACCAGUACUCAAGUAUCAGAAAAAGGUAGUCCUGUUCAUCGCCGCCUUCUAUGGGUACAUCGAGCUCACUGAAUGGGCCCUGAAGCAGGGCGUGCGGCCCAAUGAGGCUGUCGGUGUUCACCCCUAUCGAGCAUGGUGCCAUGAAGCCCUUCAUGCAGAUGUCUCUAAAUGCCCCAUUCAUGCAGCUGCAGAAGCGGGCCAACUGUUGAUUCUGAAGGCCUUUGUCAACUGCAGCGUGCUGUGCCUGGAAUGUAAAAACGCAGCGGGGCAAAUCCCCCUGAUCAUCGCAUUUAAACACAAGCAUAAAGACUGUGUAUUGUAUUUAUUGAGCAAAAUGUGGUCCACGGUUUCUUUUCCGAAAAUAUCAGUUCCCGUGAGGAUUUAUAUUAAAAUAAAACAAUGGGUCCUCAAAGCUCAGAGUCACAACCUUAAUAAAAGCCAGCUUUGCAGCGCAAGGGUCCUUGGGGCAAAAGUUGGAGACACCGUGAUGGUGGAUGGUUUCACCACACCACAAAUGACCUCCAAGGGCUGGCAUAAGGCUCAGAACAAGGACUCACAAAGCACUGUGGGUAAGCUACCACCUCUCAAGGAAGAAACUGCAAGCAAGAAACCUAUCAAUCCUUUGGCAAUUUCACAGCAGAUCACAAGACGACAAACCUUGAAAUUACCUCCACCGGUAGAUGCAAAUACGUCCUUUAAAUUACAAAGACAGCAACAACAAAAUCAGAAAAAAAUUACUGCUGCAGCUAAGAAAAAAGAAAAGUUCAUAAAAAAUACAUAUCUCCCCCAAAUCCCCCUCCCUCCAGUUUCAAGAGUGGGCUAUUCACACCCAUCUUUUUACUAUGCAACACCCAGUGCUGAUUUUUUACUCAAAUCGUCCUUUGCGUGCUUCUCAGAGCACAGUGGUAAGACUCCAAGGGAGAACGCCAUCUACUGCUUAGCCGUGGCCAGUGCCUUUAAAGAGAAACGAUGGCUUCAGCAGUUAGGAAUAGCAAGAGUUCUAGCGAAAAAGAGCAUUUCUAACCUGACCACACAAGGAGGCCUGACAGCAUGUGAAAAUCCUCCAGAAAUCGUGCUUUGAAGAGUCAUGACAACCUCAGUUUGGGCAAAGACCUGAUCAAACAGAACCUUCAGUUCUAAUGUUAACAUUUCAAGUAAUUAAUGCUAUAAGUUCUAAUAAUAGUUCUAAUGCUACACAACUAUCAACAGGAUAUUUAAUAUCUAACAUCAGGUUUUCUUGAAUUCCAUCACUGGCAGUGAACAUUCCAGGCAUGUGUUUUGCAUAGUUUGAGAAAGAAUCUAUAAGAAAUGGAAGGUAGUAGUCGCCUUACAGAGUAGGAAAACUGGAAGGAUGGGAACCAAGAA